GGUACAGCGAUACAAAAAUAAUGGAGAUUCAGAUUUCGCUUUUCAUUUUUAUGCUUCUUCUCUGUUCGACGAUCAAAUCCGGAAUAGCUGAUCGAAACGACAGCGUUUUGGAAGAGGUUGGGGUUGGAUUGGUGGUGGACUUGGGUUCUACGCAAGGAAAGAUUCUGGAAGCUUCAUUUACUUUGGCGCUUUCAGAUUUUUAUCGAAUCAACACCGGAUAUCGAACCAGAGUCUCUGUUUUAGCCAGAGACUCCCAAGGGGAUCCUAUCCUUGCCCUUGCCGCCGCUACAAAUCUUCUAAGAAAUGCAAAAGUGGAAGCCAUUGUUGUUGGUGCACAAACAUCACAAGAAGCAAAGCUUUUGGCGGCGGUUAGCGAAAAGGCUAAAGUUCCGGUAAUAUCUACCGCCGUGCCAAAUCAGUUGUCUUUGAACGAAUACCAUCACUUUCUUCAGUUGACGCACGAUCCUGUAACAGAGGCUAAGGGGAUUACGAGUCUGAUACAUGAUUUUAAUCGGACAUCGGUUGUAGUUAUGUACGAGGAUGUUGAUGAUUGGAGAGAGAGUCUGCAAAUACUGGUGGAGAAUUUUCAAGAUGAAGGGCUUCACAUCGAUCGUAUUGCUUCUUUCGUGGAAUCAUCAUCAUCAGUAGAAAAUGAUAUGAUGAAUCGGCUAAGGAAGCUUGAAACCGCAAACGCAGCCGUUUUCGUGGUGCAUAUGUCCGAGAUUCUUGUUUCUCGUCUCUUACAAUGUGCGGAGAAGUUAGGUCUGAUGGAACAAGGCUAUCUUUGGAUUCUCACCGCAAGAACCAUGGAUCAUGUUCAUUACUCGGAUCAUUUUGCAGUACCGUCGAUGCAAGAGGUGAUUGGUUUCAGAUCCUGCAUUCCAAUAUCAGCAGAAGUUAAGAACUUUACUUCAAGAUUGAGAAAACUAGUUGCUGGUGAUCACGUGAAUGCCUUUAUGGAAACAGAGCAUUCUAGUGUAUGGGCACAAGACGUCGCUUGUAUUCUUGCAACCGCAGUAGAGAAGAUGAGUCUAAGAACAUCUGCAAAUGUAUCGAAUCUUCUUGAGACUAUUAGGCAGAUCAGAUUUAAGGGUUUGAGCCAUAAUGACAUCAGAAUUGUUGGCAACAAGAUUCAAUCCUCAGGGACAUUUGAGAUUGUGACUAUGGUUGGAACAGGGGAGAGAAGAAUAGGACUAUGGAGUUGCGAUAGUAAAAGAAGCAUCAUGGCUUCUUCCACCAAUGAACUUGAGACCACCAUCAUGCCUAGUGGAAUCUCAAGACACCGGUUUUUGGCAGAGAAUGGUGAUCAGAAGAAGUUGCUUAGGGUCUUAGUUCCCGCAGGAAACAAAGUCCCGAAUCUAGUGUCGGUGCGUCUUGACCCUGAAACAGGUGUUAAUACAGUCACUGGAUUCUGCAUAGAAGUUUUCAAGACUUGCAUUGCUCCUUAUAACUACCAGCUAGAAUUCAUACCUUAUACUGGGAACAAUGACAAUCUUGCUUAUCUACUCUCUACUCAGAAAGACAAAUACGAUGCAGCUGUUGGUGAUAUCACCAUCACUUCCAACAGAUCUUCGUACGUUGACUUUACUUUGCCUUUCACAGACAUUGGUAUUGGAAUCUUGACAGUAAAGAAGAAAAGCCAAGGCAUGUGGACUUUCUUUGAACCUUUUGAGAAAUCCUUGUGGCUAGCGAGUGGAGCUUUCUUCAUCUUGACUGGAAUUGUUGUUUGGUUGGUCGAACGGUCCGUUAAUCCGGAAUUUCAGGGCUCUUGGGGUCAGCAAAUUAGUAUGAUGCUCUGGUUUGGAUUCUCUACCAUUGUCUUUGCUCACAGAGAGAAGCUGCAAAAAAUGUCAUCAAGAUUUUUAGUCAUAGUUUGGGUAUUUGUGGUGUUGAUAUUGACUUCAAGUUAUAGCGCAAAUUUGACAUCAACCAAGACCAUUUCUCGCAUACAACUAGACCAUCAGGCGGUCUUCGCCUCCACGACGUUAAGCAUGAAGCUCGGGUCCAUUAAUGCAGUUGAGGCCUAUGCUCAAGGUUUACGAGAUGGAACUCUCAGUCACGUUAUCAAUGAGAUACCGUAUCUCAGUCUCCUUCUUGGAUACUAUCCGGAUGUUUUCGUAAUGACGGAUAGAGAGACUAGUACCAACGGCUUUGGCUUUAUGUUCCAGAAAGGUUCAGGUUUGGCUCCUAAAAUUUCGCAAGAAAUCGCGAAGCUAAGGUCAUUGGGAGCUCUGAAAGACAUGGAGAAAAGAUGGUUUCAGAAGCUGGAUUCACUGAAUGUACAUUCCAACGGUAACGGUGUUGCAUCUCCCAACGAGGAUGACGAUGCUUCUAAGCGCUUCACCUUCCGUGAGUUGCGCGGUUUGUUCAUCAUUGCGGGUGUUGCUCACGCUAUUGUACUCGCCCUGCAUCUCCUUCAUAUUCGUCGAGAGAUAUUCACCAAACUUCAAAGCUUCUACUAGUGUACACCGAAGUCAUUAAUGUUUAUUUUUCUCAAUUUUCUCAAAAUUAUAGUUAUACCACGUGUAGUUAAUUAACAACAACAAAAAAGAAACAUAUCUAUACAUUGAUAUCACAAUUUUUAUACUUUUUCAUUUUCUUAUAAACAUUUAAAACUAC